AUGAAACUCAGCUUUCUAGCUUGCUGUCUCGCUGUCUUCGUGACAGCCAAAGCAUGCGAAACCGACGAAGACUGCAGCCUCAAUGGUCUCUGCGGCCGUCGGUGGCCAUGGGCCAAGUCAGGCGGAAAAGUCUGCAAAUGCGACCCCGGAUGGUUCGGUGAGGACUGCGGACAUCUUGAUCUCCGGCCCGCAAUCAAGAACAACGGCUACAACCAUUCCGCCGAUGCAGUCGACCCGAACCACCUCGGCCCAUACGGCAACUCCUCCUGGGGUGGAACGAUCUUGCAAGACCCGCACGAUCCGGGGCUUUUCCACCUUGUUGUUUCACAGUUCGCAUCCGGAUGCGGACUGAGCGGGUGGAGACCUUUCUCGUUCAUCAUACGCGCGGAAUCAAAGACCGGACCGCAAGGUCCAUAUCACUACGUCGACAGUAUCAGCGAGCCAUUCCGGCAUAAUCCGGAGGUUAUUUGGAGCCCAGCGGAUGAAAAGUAUCUGCUAUACAGUAUCGGCGCGGACGACGAGGAGCAGCCGCGUGAGAAAUGCUCUAGUAUUAGCUACAAGCAGUGGCCAAAUAACAUCUCCGUCUCAACAGCGCAGGAUAUCAGGGGGCCAUGGACUCCAUUUGAGCUAGUGUUGGCCUCAACCGAACCCCACUCGACAAAUCCCUCGCCCUGGCCAUUGUGGACACCAGAAAAGCCUACAAGCAAGAUCGCCCUAGCAGUGGAAGACAUCGCCAUCUUCUUUGCCGACGAUUUUAAAAGCGCAUACGAACUUGUUCACACGCAAAGCUGGAACACGAGUGAAUACAGCACCACAUGGACAGAGGACAGCUUCCUAUGGCGCGAUAAACGCGGCCACUGGCACGCGCUCGCACACUGGAUGAUUGACCUUGUCGAACACGAUGGGCAGAAGUGGCCGCGGGUGGGAACCCAUGUGUUUGCGAGGGAGCUGGCGGGGCCGUGGCACUGGAAUAUGCACGAAGCGUUUGAUUCAACAGUCACCUAUACAGAUGGGACUGUCCAGACACUGAAGAGAAGAGAGAGGGCAAAGAUCUUCUUCAGCGACGACGGCGAGAUGACGCCGUUGUAUCUAGUCAAUGGAGUUCAGGAAAUGGACGAGACCUCGAGAAGUUCGACGUUUAUUCAGCCAAUCGGUGAGGGGUGGAGAGAUUUUGAGAGGCGAUUGGGCUUUAGAUAG